CUGACUUCCAGUGACAGAGAUGGGAGGAACUGAAACUCCCUCAACAAAUUAGAACCUGACACACCUCGAGAAGAUCGAGGCACACUCUGAUUGAAAGGAAUGGCAUCUUCAGGAACUCUUAUGUCUGAAGAGCAGUUCAAGUGCUUCAUAUGCUCAAACGUGUUCACCAGUCCCGUCUCCACUCCAUGUGGACACAGCUUUUGUAUAAGCUGUAUAAAUAAGUUCUGGGAUUGCAGUGAAAUUCUUAGGUGCCCAAAAUGUGAGGAGAUCUUCCUUGAAAGACCAGAGCUACGUGAGAAUACAUUUGCUAAGGAAAUGGUUGAACAGUUCAAGAAAAGGACAGCCAAUGGUUCUGAAACAAUCUCCCCUAGACCUGAAGUGCCCUGUGAUGUCUGCACUGGGCAGAAACUCAGGGCCCAAAAGUCCUGCUUGGUGUGUCUGACCUCUUACUGCAAGACACAUCUGGAGCCUCAUCUGAGAGUCGCAGCCCUGAAGAGACACAAGCUGGUGGACCCUGUGAAGAACCUGGAGGACAGAAUGUGCAAGAAGCAUGAGAGGCCCCUUCAGCUGUUCUGCAAGCAAGAUCAGAUGUGCGUCUGUGUGCUGUGCACUGAGACAGAGCACGAGAAACACGACACUGUCCCUGUGGAGCGAGAGUGGGCUGUGAGGAAGAAUCAGGUAGGGGUGACAGGAACAGAGAUUCAGCAGAUGAUCCAGGUCAGACUGAAAAAAGUGGAGGAUCUCAAGCAGUCUGUGAAGCUCAGUAAGACCAACACAAAGAGGGAGACUGAGGAAUGUGUGCAGGUCUUCACCGAUCUGGUACGCUCCAUUGAAAAAAGCCAAGCACAACUCAUUCAGAUGAUGGAGGAGAAGCAGAAAGCAGCAGAACAGAGAACUAAAGGGCUCAUUGAAGAGCUGGGGAAGGAAAUUGCUGAGCUACACAAGAGAUACACUGAGCUGGAAGAGCUCUCUCAGACUGAGGACCACAUCUACUUCCUACAGGGUUUGCCAUCCCUCUGCAGUAUCCCACAGACCAAAAGCUGGUCUGAUAUCACUGUUCACUCAGAGCUGUUUGUGGGGACAGUAAGAAGUGCUGUGUCUAGACUGGAGAGUCUUCUCAAGAUGCAAGAGAUCAAACUUUGUGAAAAAGAGCUGAUGAGGAUCUCCCAGUAUGCAGUGAACGUGACUCUGGACCCUAAGACGGCAAACGCUUGGCUUGUCAUGUCUGUGGAUGGAAAACAAGUAAAGGAUGGCAACAGUCAGCAGCAUCUCCCCGACACCCCAGAGAGGUUUGACACUGCGCCCAUUGUUCUCGGGAAGGAAAGCUUCUCCUCGGGGCGACAUUAUUGGGAGGUGGAGGUGGGGCAGAAAACGGCGUGGGACUUAGGAGUGGCCAGUGCAUCAGUGAAGAGGAAGGGUGUGGUCAGAUUGACCCCCCAGGACGGCUACUGGACUGUAUGUUUGAGAAGGAUGAAUGAAUACAGGGCGUGUGCUGACGAGGCUGUCAUGCUCACCGUAGACGCUAAGCCCCAGAAGGUCGGGCUAUAUGUGGAUUACGAGGCUGGCCAGGUCUCAUUUUACAAUGUAGAGGCCAAGUCCCAUAUAUACACUUUCCAUGGCUGCAUCUUCACGGAGAAGAUUCUGCCGUUUUUCAACCCUGAUUUGAAUGAUAAUGGUGACAACGAAGCUCCACUUGUCAUUUCUCCUGUCAGUGUUAGAGAGGAAGGCGUUUGUCUGUAACUGUACACUAGAUAUGAAAAUGUCAGAAUUAAGUAAAGAGUUAUUCAGAGUUAAAGAAACUGUAAAAAGAAGUAGAAUUUUUGUCUGUGUUGGAAAAUUAAAAUCCACAAAUGCACAGCAAAA